CGACGCGUCAUCGAUAUGCGACGCCGCUUUGACGUCUUCAGGGCUGUUUGGUUUUGUGUUGUGUCCACUAGCUUCAAGAUGGAUAAACAGUUGGAGACGGAUAACCUGGAAAUGCGUCUUCAGGCGCUGGAGAGUAAUAUAUAUGGCGAGAGAAGAAGCAAAAGUGGGAAACCCGUCAAGUGUGCUGAGUCUUUGGCCAGGAUUCAGGCAGGUCUGACCAAUACGGCCAACAAGAGGGAACGAGUUAAGAUCCUGCACAAGAAGAUUGAGGACCUGCUGAAGUACCUGGACCCCCAGUUCACCGACCACAUCACUGUACCUGAUGCCAUGAAGCUGGAGUUCAUUCUUGCUGAGGAGGACUUCCUGCUUUCCCAGGCUGCUUUGCUGGAGCAGGUCAGCAGCAUGAAGCCGCUGCUGGACAGCAACUACAUCAGAGAUGUACCAGAGCACGCCACCAAGCUGCAGCGCCUGUCACAGAUUCACAUCAAAGAGCAGGACCAGACUGAGGCUCAGGCCCUGGAAGUGAAGAAGCUUUUUGAGGAUUACAACAAAAUGAUGUUCCUGCUGUCGAAGCAGUUCACCCAGUGGGACGAGACCCUGAAGAAGCUGGAGGAGGCCAAGGGCAUCCGGCCUGUGGAGUAGCUCCUGUCAACAAACACACACACACACACACACACACACACACACACACACACACACACACACACACACACACACACACACACACACACACACACUUCUGAUGAGGAUGGUGAUGAUGAAGAAGAAGAAGUCUGCACCGUGGUGGGAGCUUCAGAUCAGACAAGUGUUACACAUGAAGCUUGUUCUUCCACAAUAAAACUAAAGGAUAUAAACAUUUCACUUUUUUUUAACUGCUUAUCAAUUUGGAACCAUAAUUUAAUGGGAUCGGUUAAUAUAAUGUUGACACCCUAAUUGGCUCAUUCCAUGAUGGAGUUAAAAUGAUAACAAUCCUCCAACCCGGGGAAAUGAUCUCCCUAAAAAGAGUUCUCAAAAAUCUUUGGGCUGGUGAAAAUGUAGAGGAACUCUGUGUCAUGUGACUCUUCAUCUGUGGGAGCUCUGUGUCAUGUGACU